UAUAAUAUAUAUAUAUAUAUUUUUUUCUUUGUUUUUCUCUCGAUGUCCGGAUUAGACAGAUAUGAUUAUCUAAAAAUUAAAAAUGCUCUAUUUAUUGUUCACAAUGUAUACCAUAAAAUAAAGAAAUACAGUGAGCAUGUGAGCUAGCUGAAAUCUUGAUAGAUAAUUAAUAAAACAUUCUUUCUGUUUUGAUAAUAUUUUGUAUGUUCAUAUAAACAUUUAUAUUAAUUUCCCUUUCAGGUUACAUUUGACUAUCUCCGUCUGAUAAAGUUCUCGCGUGUAAUUGAUGUGGAAGGAGAGGGGCCACAGAUAUGUAUGAGGGAUAAGGAAUGUGUUAAUCUCUAUGACAUGUUUCAUGCCAGACGCAUUUUGCAUCGAACUGCAUACCAACAUAGAGUCACUAAAACAGUUGACACCAUGUUCAUUGAUGCUUUUCUGUAUGCUGAUAAGCAUGUGAAAUAUCGUGGAGAUGAUGGGAAGAAAUACUGCCUGAGUGAUGCCUGUGACAAUAUGUCAGCUUACACACUCCUCAACGACAGUGUGAUCCACCUAAUCCUCCUAGCUGAAGGAGAGCAUCCUGAUCUCCUGAAAGCCAAGCAAAUCGUAGAAAAUGUCCUCACUCGGAAACUCUACAUCUAUGUGGGUCACACUCAGCCCACGGCAAACGAUAUUAGUCAUGAAGAUCUGCUCCAUUCACUGGAGAAAAACAUACCUAAAGGAAGUUCACUUACUCUCGACAAACUUGACAUCCAAGAAGUAAGGCUGAAUUAUGGCAUGGGCAGCCAGAACCCCAUAGAACAUGUGCGCUUCUACAGCAAGAGUGCCCCAAAUAUUGCUAAAGUACUGAGGAAGGAAGAAGUAUCAGCUAUGCUGCCACAGAGGUAUUGUAAAAUUAAUCAGGGUAUUUUCUACAUAGUACCAAAGCAUGGUGAUGCAGUACUAGAUGACAUGAGGGCUUAUUUCCACUGUCAAAAACUGUUGUGCUACACUUUCCUAUGA